CGUUUCGGAUGCCGCUGCUGGAGAAUAUUCCAGUGCGAUUGAAACCUUGGCUACGGCAAUUUCACUCAUCAAACAGAGUAAAGUAGCGCACGACGAGCGGUGCAAAAUAUUGAUUAGCUCCCUACAGGACACACUCCAUGGCAUCGAGAACAAAAGCUACAGUCGCCGGGAACGUUCACGAUCACGUGACAGGACUUCUCAUCCGCGCUCCCGGUCCAGGCGAGAACGUUCCGGAUCCCGGGGGUACCGUGAACGGUCCCGGGAACGAGAACGCGGUGACCGGGAUCGAGAUCGUGAUCGUGAAAGAGACGGUUCAAGACGUUCGAGACCCCGUAAAACGCCGGAGCCAGCCACUGAUGCAUCAGCGGACAACUCUAAACGCUACUAUAAUGAGGAUCGUUACAGAUCGUCUGACCGCGAGCGGGAACGAGAUCGCGACCGAGAGCGCCGGGAAGAACAUCGCUCGCGUCAUUGAAUUCUUACCCUCCCUGUGGUCGAGACCUUUCCAGUCAAUGUUGACCAAAAGUUUUCUGAAUUAGCUGUUUAAACAGCCAACAGCAAUCCCUUCUUGACUAGCAUGAGCACUUGGUUCUAUUCACAGAGUGCGUUCGAAUAUUUUCUGUCGCUUCUUAUAACCGCGCAUUCGAGUUCAAACUUGGCCUCUUUUUAUUCCCUAUCCAGUAUCAAGAAGCUAAGAGUAUAGACUAUGGACAAUGUAUUCAUUACCCAUAACAAUUUGCUUCUAACAAACGAUUCGAAUCUGUAUUUCAAUUCAAUGUUCAUAAAUUCCAUCCAGUUACCCAACUCAUUGGGUAUAGACCUUCAAAUCACUGGAAUUUGGAAAAAUGAUGGAGGGGAAAACAACAAUUGUACUGUAAACUUAAAGUAAAAAAGACGGAUUAGCCGUCUUAAGAAUUCAGCGAGGGCAUAAAACCGUUAAUAAAAACGGAAAAAAAUCUAGAUCAAAUUCUGAAUGUACUCAAAACUGCACUUCAAAAUCAUAUAAUCGUAGCUUCAGAAUCAACAACUAAACAAAUAUGGAGAAGACGCCGAAGUUUUACUGAAUAGAAAUUUCUCUUCCCUUUCCGCGCUCUCGGUGGCGAGUGGCGGAAAGCAGCUCCAAAUUACGCGUGCAGAUUCUAUCGUGUUGCGAUUUGGAAGUCAUCGGCAACCAGAGCAUCAAUCGAUUUGCAUCGUUCACCAUACCCACGAGCAACGCGAUUUGGAGCAGCCAAACAGAAAGCGAAACACAUAAGAAGAUUGUAUUCAAAUAAUUCAUUAAAGUAAUUACAUUGAUAACCUUAAAAAUCAAGACAA